AUGCCUGCUUCACCUCGUAAUGUCCGUUUCAUCGAACAAUCGUUACAAACAAAUAAUCGAGCGCAGAUGCAGUAUAGGCCAAGAGCGUCUGGUGGUACAAGGGGACCUGGUUCACGAAGCACACAGCAGUCACUCACACAGCUCGAUGAAGCCACACUUGAUUUGCUUCGGCUCAGCUCUGAGCCCGAAGCAGGAGCUGCUGUGUCGUUCACAUCAUCAAAAAGGUCAGUAUACGAUUCGGCCAAACUUGUUUGUUUUAUGAAGGAGACCAGAGUAGUUUCAAGCUAUGCUCAAAUCAAUUCAAGGGAAUUCUGCUCCACGCUGCCAGUCGGGGUACAUUCUAUGCUUUUUCCAGAAUCCCACCAAUUUAGGACCAAAACUACGUUGAUCAUGCAUGUACAGUUGCUAUACAUCGGCAGGAACAAAAUUUUUCAGAGAGUGAUACCUUCAGGAACAUUAAGUUUCGCUUUUGUACUUCCUACGGCUGUAGCCGAAUGUAUUCACACUGAGCUGCUUAUGUAA